AUGUCAGGAACAAGGUCCACCGGUCACAAGACCCCAAACAUCCUUACACCACACAACCCUACUGCUUUUUCUUCUAUUCCGACGACUCCACCGCCAAUUUCAAUUGCUAUUAUUCCUGAUGAUCCAAACCCUUUCCGUUUGGGAACAAGAGAUCACCCUAAUUUUUUCAUUGUUCCAUCCCCUCUCACAAGACAAGACAAUUUUCAAUCAUGGAAACGAGUUGCCUCCAUCUCCAUCAGUGCCGAGAACAAAACUGCCUUCAUUGAUGGUUCUCUUCCCCGACCCCCUGCCAAUGACGCCAACCACUCGUCCAAGGAGCAGUGCAAUAACAUGGUCAUGGAUUGGCUUCUUCCGUCUGUGUCCAAAGAAAUCAAAGCAAGCAUCAUGUACAAUGUUCGAGUUGUUGAUAUGUGGAAUGAUCUCCAUGGAAGAUUCAAUCUAAGCAACAAACCAUGGAUUUUCCAGCUCAAGACCUCUAUUCAAAGUCUCAAACAAGGUGAUAACAAUGUCAACACUUUGCCCAACUCACUGCUUUCUAGGAUUAGCUUCAAGAAUAUCAGCCUUGCACUCCUUGCAUUUGUGGUUGUUCUUGGGGAGCCAUCUAAACUUCAUGAUUACUAUACAAUAGAUCAAAUCAUCCAAUUUCUAACUGGUCUCAGUGAUUCAUAUAGGCAGAUUUGGGCUCAAAUCCUGUUAUAUGAUCCAUUUCCUUCGCUUCGGAAGGUAUUUUCUUAUGUUGUCCAAGAAGAAAGACAAAGAUCUCUAGGUCUCAAUCUUGCUCCCAUCAAUGCUGCAGCCCCUGUUUCAUGA